UUCAAACAUUACGGUUCGACACAGAAGAGAAGCAGUGAUUUGCCCCACGCCCAAAAAUAUGCAUUAGAGGUUUAUGGUGAUGUUCAAGAUGGACAAAUUAUUGAAAUUUGUGAUUUUGAUGACGGUGAUAGUAUCUGCCAGCCCUGGCCGCUUGGAGGUGUCCCGGGCGGAGCUGUCCUCGAUGGCCGAGUCCUUCCUCCGUCAGCAGAACGGCGCCCUGGCCCUCGCCUGCGUGCACUUCGUCAGGGCCAACUGGGCGUUCCAGACCAACCUCACGCACCAUAACAAGAUAAGGAAGAUCUCGAGCCAGGUACAGUACGCGCGCGUGCGGAAGGAGGUGUGGCAGAAGGCGAAGAAGUGGGCGAAGGUGCGGGGCCAUCUUGAGGAGGAGGCCCAGAGGCAGCUCAAGGUCCUGUCUGUGCUGGGGACGGCCGCGCUGCCCGAGCGGGACAUCAGGCAGUACGCCGACAUCGUCUCUGAAAUGUCCCGGAUCUACAGCACGGCUACGGUGUGCAGCUUCAGCGACCCCGACAAAUGUGACCUCACACUCAAUGAAGAUGUGAGGAACAUCAUGAAGAACAGCAAGAACAGCGAAGAACUGGCGCACAUCUGGCUUGCCUGGCGAGAGAACACAGGCAGAAAGAUGAGGAAAAAUUACGAAGACCUUGUCCCUCUGUUGAACAAAGCUGCCGUGACCAAUGGAUUUCAGAGCAAAGUCGACAUGGACUUGCGAGUCUAUGAAAGCGACAGAUUCCGAGCCGACGCCGAAGCUCUAUGGGACGAACUGAAGCCUCUCUACGAGCAGCUUCACGCCUACGUCAGGGCGAGGCUGAGAGAGGUGUACGGGAAAAGACUGGUAACAGAACGAGGUCCUCUCCCUGCUCACUUGCUGGGAAAUGUUUGGGCUCAGUCAUGGGAGAUCUAUGACCUUGUCUCACCCUUUCCCAAUGCAAUGACACUGGACAUGACUCAGGAGAUGAUGAAGCAGGGAUACACGCCCCAGAAGAUGUUCCAGUUGGCUGACAACUUCUUCGCCUCCCUAGGCCUGAGUCGCGUUCCUGACUCGUUUUGGAAACAUUCUGUUCUGGAGAGGCCAAAGGGCCAAGAUAUUGUCUGCCAUCCAUCUGCUUGGGAUUUCUGUGAUGGAAAGAAUUUCAGGGUCAAGCAGUGCACCCAAUUGACCAUGUCUGACUUGAUCACUGCCCACCAUGAGAUGGGUCACAUCCAGUACUUUAUGCAAUACAAAGACCAACCACAUGUCUUUCAAAACAGUGCAAACCCAGCUUUCCAUGAAGCUCUCGGAGACCUCAUUGCCCUUAGUGUGUCCACCCCAAAGCACAUGUCAAAACUUGGCCUCUUUAAGAGGAGCUCACAAAAGAAACAGAAAGAAGUUGAGUUGAACUUCCUAAUGAAGAUGGCACUGAACAAGGUUGCUUUUCUGCCAUUUGCAUACCUCGUGGACUUGUGGCGCUGGAGGGUUCUUGACGGCACUUAUUCUCAGAGGGACUGGAACUGCGCUUGGUGGGAUCUCAGGUAUGAGAUUCAGGGAAUGAAGCCUCCCUCCACACGUACGGAAGACGACUUUGACCCUGCAGCGAAAUUUCAUGUGGCGGUGAACUCUCCAUACAUCAGAUACUUUUUGAGCACCAUUGUUCAGUUUCAGUUCCACAAGGCUCUGUGUAUAAAAGCCAAAGAGUAUGACCCUGAUAAUCCCUUAAAGCCACUUCAUAAAUGUGAUAUUCACCAAUCAAGUGAAGCUGGAAGUGCUCUUAGAGAAAUGCUUAAGCUAGGUUCUUCAAAGCCCUGGCAGGAAGCACUAAGAAUCCUCACAGGAGAGAAGGGGAUGGACGUCUCAGCCAUGCGUGAAUACUUCCAGCCCUUGGAGGAAUGGCUGAAGGAAGAAAAUGCAAGACGGGGAGAGUUUGUUGGAUGGCGGCCAGAUGGUCAGUAUUGCUUGUACAAGAAUAUUUCAGAAGCAUUACCUGAAAGCAAUUGCACAGUAGCCCAAGAUUCACCAUCUGUAACUUCCACCCCACCUCCUCCACUUACUCCAACUGCUCCACCUGCUCCACCUGCUCCACCUGCUCCACCUGCUCCACUUCUUGCAGCUUCUACAGUCAUUCCACCUGAUGCAGCUGAUCUACCUGUUAAACCUGAUGAUACAGAUGCAACCAUUCAACCCAGGACAGCUUCUUCAUACGAUGCACCUUCGACACUUGUUCCAGCUGCUAGAAGUGUUGCUCCACUGGAUACAGCAGUCAUUCCUGUUCUUGACAUGGAUGACAUUAUAUGAAUUCAGACAAAAUUCCUUUACUUGCUUGUAGGUUCAGCCUUCCAAACUUUUAUAAAUUCUUUACAAUGAUCUCCAAAGAAAUAAGUGAACAAUAUCUGUCUAUUUAUCUAUUUGUCUAUUUAUUAAUGAUUAUCAUUUGCUUAUGCCUUAUUUUAGCCAAAUAAUCAUGAGGGUGGGUUUCAUGGAGCAAAAGAUAACUGUCCAUUUUACAGCUGUGUGUCUGAAGGAAUCCUAAAAAAUAAGGGACUGUGCAUUAUAGAUGUACCACAAAGAUAUCAAAACUGUGAAUUACAAAGUACGUCUCCUGUUGUUGGUGCUUGUACAUUAUAUUUUGUAAACAACUACUAUGAAAAAUUAAAAAGAAAGGGUAUUGGACUUAUUUUUAUAGAGCUUGGUUACUUUUUCUAAUAAUUGAAUAAAUUAAUAAAGGAAUAUUCAGGUUUAUUUAACUUGUAUUAAAUUAUAAGUGCUUUUCUUAUUUAUCUGAAUUAAAAAAAAAAA